AGUGCGCGGGUCCCGGCGUCUAUACCGUGGAUGGCGGACACAACAACAAAGCUCGCGGCCACGCACCCUCCGCACUCCACCUUCAUGAUAGUCGCCCUUGGACCUGUCUACUGCAUGUAUGGGGUGAAAAAAUAAAAGCUUAAAAUAAUGAAGAAGAGAAAUGUGGAUUAUGCUAAGCUUCGUAGACCGCUAAGACGGACCAAAAUUGGUGAAGGAUUAUACGGGAGCACCUUUGUGUACAUCAAGUUUCUCCUGGUAUGGCUACUGGUGUUGGCGGCAGACUUUCUCCUCGAGUUUCGCUUUGAGUACCUGUGGCCCUUCUGGCUCCUCCUCCGCAGUGUGUACGACUCCUUCCGCUAUCAGGGUCUGGCUUUUUCAGUGCUGUUCGUCUGCAUGGCGCUGACUUCAGACAUGAUUUGCCUCCUCUUCAUCCCAGUUAAUUGGCUCUUCUUUGCGGCCUCCACCUACGUGUGGGUCCAAUUUGUCUGGCAUACAGAGCGAGGUGUAUGCAUGCCCACGGUAAUACUGUGGGCGCUCUUCAUAUACAUAGAGGCUCUCGUCCGCCUCAAAGAUAUACGCAGCGUUCCCUUCCAUCUAGAUCUCUGCCGACCCUUCGCAGCGCACUGCAUCGGCUAUCCAGUGGUGACGCUUGGCUUCGGCCUCAAGAGUUACGUUGGGUAUCGCUUGAGACAGAGAAAGCAGCGAGAGGUGGCAAAAGAAAACGAGUUCUACCUGCAGCUUCUUCAGGAGGCUCUUCCACCUGAGCUGCAGGUCUCCUCUAGUCCAGACAGAUGUGUGAGGGAGAAGAGAGAGGAGGUCACAAUGAAUGGGGAGGUGGAGGUAGCCACAUCCUCUCUCAAUCACACCGGAGGCAGUUGUAACCUCAGUAGCAGUUGCAGCAGUAGUAGUAGUAGUAGCAGCAGCAGCAGUAGUAGCAGUAGCAGUAGCAGUAGCAGUAGCAGCAGUAGCAGCGGGGUGUGCGGUGGGGGUGGUGGGGUCCGGGGUGGGGGAGGGGGCCGGGGCGUGCGGGUGGACAGCCGGUCCCCAGAGCUGAGCCAGGGAGGGGAGGAGGGCACCCCCCCGCCCCCCACCUCCAUACACCACCGCCCAGAAAAGAAUCGUCUCCCCAACGGCUCCACCAUCCACGCAGAACUGGAGUACAUGCAGAAGAAGGGAUGGUCCAAUUCCCGCUCAGUUAAUGACUACGAUGAAAGCCUCGAGGCAGAGAAGGACAAGAACGCUAAGGGCUCCUCCACCACUUCUCCCGGGGGUGGUGGGGCGCCCUCUCCCUGCGGGGGCUCCACGGGGCCACACUCCCCGAGCCUGGCCUCCACACCCAUCGAGGGGGAGAAGAAGAGAGUCAAUGCUUCCAUGCAGAGCAAUGGUUCCGCCAAGCUUCCUGGCUCUCACACCAACAACCUCAGAGACUCUGGGUCGGGUGGUGGAAGCGGGGGCGGCGGCGGCGGCGGCGGCGGUGGCUCCUCGUCUUCGUCGCGCGACAAGAAAAAUAAAAACAAGGAGAGCAACAGAGACAGCUCUCAUGCUGGCACCAAGGAUGAUAGUGUCAGCAUCAUAAGGCUGGAGGCAGACAUCAAGCGGCUGAAGGCAGACCUGCAGGCGUCGCGGCAGACAGAGCAGGAGCUGCGUAAUCAGAUCAAUCAUCUCAUCUCCAGCGACAAGAUCACCCAGCAGGAGAUGAACCAGCUCCAGCAGGACAAUGACAACCUGCAGAACAAGCUCCACGGGUUGGUGACGGCGCGCCAGAACGACCGCGUCACCAUAAGUAACCUGGAGCGGCGGCUGCAGGAGGAGCGGCGAGCCAAGCAGGCCGCUGAAAACCAGGUGUCCGUGCUGGAGCGGCGGCAGAAAAAGGCCGAGGAGCAGGCACAGGCCAGAGCACACGCCCUCGCCAACGCCAAGAACGAGUGCGGUGAGUCUUGCCGUGGGCGCCGCAAUGAGAUGGAGUCGGAGAUCAAGCGCCUCCGCAGGGACCAGCGCAUCUCCGAGGACCGCGUGCACACCAUGGAGCGGGAGAACAUGGCACUGCGGCAGUUCAAGGAAAGCCAGAACGACACGGAGGUGCUCAUGUCUGCCCUCUCUGCCAUGCAGGACAAGAACACACACCUUGAGACUUCACUGUCUGCCGAGACACGCGUCAAACUCGACCUGUUCUCUGCCCUCGGGGAAGCCAAGCGCCAACUAGAGAUCUCACAGGGACUGGUGACCUCCAAGGACAAGGAGAUUGAGGAGCUGAAGGCCAAGAUCACCGAGGUCCUGGCAGUGUGCCCCCCCACCAGCUUCACCAACACCCCCCUCGACACCACCCCCAUCCACUACACCUCCAAGCUGCUCCCCCAGGUCACCACGUCUGGGAUGGAGCCAGCCCCGGCCAACCUAGUGAUGGUGGAUGGUCUCAUGGAUGCCUCACCCCUUGACACACUCUGUGGACUGGCCUUCUCCCCUGCCGGUGCCCCUCUCCCUCCCCGCCCACAUACCAUCUCCCCCCCUGUGGCUAUCUCCCCUCCCGUUCCCCUCUCCCCGUCCGUCCCUCUCUCCCCGCCUGCCCCCAUCUCCCCGCCCAUCCCCAAGAAGCCCCAGCACUCCACCCUUGACCCCAAUGCCCGUGUCUACACUCCCAAGGGCACGGUUGUUACCUCUGAAGCCUGAAGGGGAGUGAGAGGUACUUGGUGAACCCUUCCUCUUCCUUCACCUCCUCCUCCUCCACCUCCUCCUCUUUCUCCUCCUGCUCCUUCCCUUAUCCACCAGACCUACUCAUGUCCUCUGCUUCUCCUUUUCCUCUUUCUUCCUAUCCUAGCUUGCCUCAUGUCCCCAUUUCUUCAUUCAUCUCAUCUCCCAUUACCUACUCAUCCCCUAGCUUCCCAAUGUCUUCCUCCUCCUCCUCCUCCUCCUUUGUUAGGUAGGCAAGAUGGGAUGCUGUGGACAAGCUUGUGCUAAAUAUUUGGUAGCAGUUUUUUUCUUAGUUGUUUUUUUGGUUUUGGUUUGAUCCCCCUCCCUUUCCACCCCCCUAUCCUGUCCCCUUCCCACCACUCCUCGAGAAGUGAUUAUGUUUGUAUUCUCUCCUUUGAUUUGCUAGUUUCUUUUAGUGUGUGUGUGUGUGUGUGUGUGUGUGUGUGAGAGUGUGUGUGUGGCUGUCUCCUUCCUCUUUCCAUAUUUCUUGUCAUUUGUUUUUGUUUUUCUUUUCACUUAACAUAUCUUCUAAAACCUUGUAAUUUACACACACACACACACACACACACACACAGCAGCUGAGCCUCAUCCUGAACACUUGAUUGUUCUCCGGCUCCAGCUCUGCCCUCGCCACUCCGUGGCGCAACUGGUAGAGUGCUGUGCUGCCAGGCUUCACAGUCUGACAGGGCGGCAGUUCGAGCCCACUCAGGCCAGAUUCUUUCCACUGACUAGGAGUGGUUACUGACCCCCCUUGAGCAAGGAGGAUGGGGUGUGUGGUAUGUGAGGUCCUGGCAGUACCCAGAGAUCGACGAUGAAGAGCACUUGCUCAUGUCGGGAGGGUACCUGCUGGCGAUUACGAGUCCAACACGUGAUCAGGCCGUGUUGAAUUACACACACACACACACACACACACACACACACACACACACACACACACACACACACACACACACACCAGGCCAUUUCUAAAAAUUUUCCCCAUAGAAAAAGUUUAGUGUUUAAACUUUCUGCUGAAAAGGUUGCUGUGAAUAGCUUUAUUUUUAUAUGGAAUCAUUUUGUAUGUGUUGUGGUUUUGCACAGAUGCACAUGGCUGUGUCUGUCUCUCUGUCUCACUGUUUACAAGGAGUUUCUCUCUCUCUCUCUCUCUCUCUCUCUCUCUCUCUCUCUCUCUCUCUCUCUCUCUCUCUCUCUCUCUCUCUCUCUCUCUCUCUCUCUCUCUCUCUCUCUCUCUCUCUCUCUCUCUCUCUCUCUCUCUCUCUCUCUCAUUUAUUUAUAGAAACCGAUAUAAUUUUAACAAGCCCGGUGUUUUGGAAGUCUUGGUGAUGUGGUUUGUUCUAGGUUUGUCUCUUGGGAUGGUAACAGCUCAUCUGCCUUUUCUUACUGCUUGCCUCUUCUUUCUCUCUGUCUUGAGUGUGCAGGGCAUCAUUUAUUUUGGUUAUCUUCUCCAUCUCAGCCUGACUAGUACUUCAUAUUUCCUUCAUCUCCAUUUUUAUUCUUUCUUUCCCUUUGAUUCCUCUUUUUCUUUACCAUCCUUAACCUUAAUCCAUCUUUCUUUCCUCCUUGAUUCCUCUCUUGCUAUACCGUCCUAUCUCCACUUUUCCUUUUUUUCUUUAUUUAACUUACAAGGUUUAAGUUGAUACUAGUACAGAAUAUGUUUGUUUUUUCCCUACUCAGUUUUCCCACUCAUUAAACUAACUCCCCUUACUGAACCAUUUUCCAUUUUUCCAUUCUCUAUUUUCCUUUACUCGGUGCAUAAUAUAUUUCCUUCUCUACUUAUCCUUCCAUCUUCUCUUUGUUUCCCUGUUCCUCCUCACCCAGACCUUACGGAUCCUUUUGUUCCUGCAGUCUCAAUGUUGUUCACAAAUUACGUUGGUGUAGGUUUAAAGAGUUGCAUUGCUCAGUGUGCUCAGAUGUAUAUUUCUGUGGGGACGACGUGUGUGUGUGUGUGUGUGUGUGUGUGUGUGUGUGUGUGAUAUUAGUUUGUCAAUCUUCCUUCCUAUUUCUUAACUUCCUUUGCUCAUUCCUUUUUUAUUACACAAACACACAAACACACACACACACAAACACACACACACACACACACACACACACACACACACACACACACACACACACACACAUACAGUACGCAGGACACAGCACACACACACACACACAACCUUCCCUUCCACACCUCACAUCACCCCAGUUUAUAAAAAAAAAAGAUCAUUGAUAAGGUUGUUUACAGGUUGCGAGGGGUCUGUCCCCCCAUUAACCUCCCCUUCCCACCUCAUCCUUACCACCCCAACCUCCAUCCCCACCCUUCCCCCACCCACCCGCCCUCCUCAUCCUCUCCCGAACCCAGUUUUUCGUUCAUGUAAAUAUUCUGCCCGUAAUUUAUGUUAAGCUAAGUAGUGCCGUUGAGUACAAAUUUCUUACAGUGGUGGUGGUGGUGGCGUCUGUGGUGUCAGUGGUGGUGGUGGCGGCGGUCUUCUUUAUGUUUGUUUAUGUUUUUCCUCCCCCCCCUCCCUCCCUCUUCCCAACCAACCACCCACCCCAACAACAAGCCAGAUAAUGGAGGGUUGAUGAUAGCAUGAUAAAAAGCGGAUGAUAUUUUUAUGCUAACGUGCAGUGGAAUAUAUAUUUUGAAAGGCACGCUUAUUGCUUUAUCUAAACGACUCUGCUCUCUCUCCACUUUCUCUCUCCACUUUCCUCUUCUCCUUUGCCUUAUACUAAUUAAAAAAGGACAGCUACAUAGAUAUACACGUCAGAUCAUUAUUUUACUCAGAACACAAAUCGUCAAGGGAACACAUCACACACAUUUUUGUACCUUCGAGAUGACUGUCUUUGCUCCCCUCUUGCCUGCUACUCCCUCCCGCCAAGAAGUUCACACCCCCACACCCGCCCACGCCCACACCCGACCGACCGCCUACACCCGCCCAGUCGCCACCAAUGCCUCUCGUAGUACGCUAGAAGGAUAAACAUAAUGUGUCGAACUUACUCACUCAUCCAUUGCUAUGGUAAAGCGUAACAAUUUGCUCUCUCACUUGCUGCAUUCGGGAGAGAGAGAGAGAGAGAGAGAGAGAGAGAGAGAGAGAGAGAGAGAGAGAAAGGGGCUAAUUCUUCUCUCAUAUGUAGUUUGCCAUGCAGGAAAUGUUGUAGAUUGUGUGUGGAUAGUGAUGAUGACUUACGAUGACAAUGGUGAUGAUGAUGAUGAUGAUGCUUACGGUUAUCGCUGUAAUGUUUUUUCUGUUGUUUUCUUCUCCGAUAAUUUUUUGCGUGUGUUCGUAUUUUUUCCUCUUAUUUUUUAUUUUUAUUCCCCUUUAUCGGUAGGCUUAAGGCAAGGCGAAAAGUGUUGUGUAUUUGUUAUUCUUAAGACUAACCAAUUGCCAAGGUAUGUGCUUUGUUCAUUUCUCUCUCUCUCUCUCUCUCUCUCUCUCUCUCUCUCUCUCUCUCUCUCUCUCUCUCUCUCUCUCUCUCUCUAACUCUCACUCUCUCUCUCUCUCGAUACAAAAACUUUUUAUCAUAAUUUUUUCUUUACUAAAGGAAAGAUGAUGAUUAUUGUCCAUCCCUCCGUUAUUCUCCCUUCCCUUUCCUUAUGUUCCUUUCCCUCUCCUUUCCUCUCCCUUCCCUUCCCUUCCUCUCCUACACACACAUACUAUGAUUGAGUGUUUGUGUGUGUGUACGUGUGUCUCAACUUGUAACGCCUCCUUCCGCAUCUUCCUCCUUUUCCCUCCCUCCUCUCCUCCCUCCCUCCCUCCGUCCCUCCUUCCCUUCGGCAUAGGUAGUGGGUAAAUUGUACGAGUCAGUGUUGUUGUUGUUGUUAGGUAGAGGUGGAGGCAUUUUCCUACCUUCCUCCAGCGUUGUAUCCCUUCCCUCCAUCCUCCCUCCAUUUCUCUUCCCUUCCUCCCCCCCGUGUCGUAACCCCUCCGUCUCUCUUCCCUCCCUUCCUCCUGUAAUAUAACUUAGUAUUAGCGAUAGGAAGAUAGAGUAAACUUAUUUUUUUAAGCUCUCAGUACAUAUUUUUCUCCCUAUUUUUAUGGAGAUUCCUUUUCCUUCAUCUUCCUUCAAUAAAAUUUCCUCCUUCUUUCCUUCCUUCCUUCCCCUCCCUCCCUCCCUCCCUGCUCUUUAUCCAUCUUCACUCGAUACAAAUUUUUAUACCUUCUGAGUUUCCCUGAAAUGUGUAGGCCUAAAAUAAUAUGUAAAUUUCCUUUAUAUAUUUUCUGCAUUUAAUUUAUUUUUUUACCUCCUCUCCAUUUCCCUUUUCCUCCUUCCUUACUUCACCUGUCUGUAAAAAGUCGCUCAUUUUUGGUGUACAAAGGAAAACGAGCUCAGUAUUUAUUUAUUUAUUCAUUCAUCUAUCAAAACGCAUAAUAAUAUUUCUUACGCGAACUAUUCAUCGUUUUUCUUUUCUCUCAUUUUUUUUUAUUCUCCGCUCACACAAGGGAACCAGAACCAACCAGGCACAAAACAUUGACCUUUUGUGAUAUUAAAACAAGUUGUGAUAAUUUUGUUUACACCUCACCUGCUCUUCAUCUCUCCCCUUUUUGUCCUGCCUUUCCUUCUCCCAUUCUGCCCACCUCCUCCUCCUCCUCCUCCUCCUUCCACCACCCAUCCUCUCCCAUUUUACUCUCUCCUCUCCCACCUUCCCUCCAAACAAAAACAAACAAACAGGCAGACAAAAAAAAUGCUCCUCUUUAACAGUAAAAUGAUUAGAAAAGAUAGAAAUUUGCAGAGAGAGAGAGAGAAAGAAAGGAGACAGAGUGGUUGACCUAUCCUGUUGUAGCCACCGCAAGUCUCGGCCACAGGACUCUUUAGGAUGUGGUUUACAUUCGUCAAUUUUUUUGACACGCCAACCCUCCCAGUUAGCACUCACGUGAAGAGGAAGGAAGUAUGGGAAUUGAACUGUGAGAUGUUAAUUAAUUGUCAAAAUGAGAACCCAAACAUUUUCAUCUUUACAUUAAUUAUUAUGUCCCGCUUCAAUUUUCCAGAGUUGUUUUUCCUUGCCCGGUGUAUGUGCUUAUUGGAAGAGCCGGUACAGAUUGGCAAACCUAACCUAACUACCGGGAGCUUGGACGAUGGUGUGAUAGCUUAGGUGUUGGACAUUUGGACACAGGGUAGGGGACCUUAAGAGACGUAGGAACAUCAGUAUACCUGGCUAGGGGUGCCUUAGGGACAUCGGACAUCCCUAUAUGUAUGUCUAGGGGACCAUAGGGAUAUUCAACCUCCCUAUAUAUCAGGCUAUGACACCAGUUGGUCAUGGGACAUCUCUCUCUCCUCCCUUCACAUGGAUGGUAGGACAUUAGGACACCACCUCGGUAUCCUCACAAAGUUUACUAGUUGCAUUACUUCCCCUCCCAUAAUUCCUCCCAUCGUACAAGUAGUCUUCUUCCUCAAAGGUGUAGAGGGCCAGGCAGGCCAUGGAACCACUGGCUGUAGAUCUCUAAAGGUUGAUAGAGACUUUGAUUCAUAUUUUUAAACGUAUUGGGCUUCCAGAACGACUAUUUGCCAAGGCCACAGAGAAGAUUAGCCGGUUUUCCAUGGAUGAUUUUUUCCAUUCAUGAUGCAAAAGUCAGGUAAAACUAUCACUCAUCAUGAAACUCCAUGAAAACUCCAGCAUCUUCUAUGAGAGGCUUUUCAAACAGGCGAACUGAGCUGCCGAUAAGUUUAAGAGUACGGGCUUUUGUGUGAUGCCAUGCCUCUGGAGUCUGGUCUAGAUCCUCCUGAGCUGGCCAGACUGUAGGAAAGGUGUUGUGUGCAUAGGGACUUAGAAGGCAAUACCAUGGCUGAGGGAAUCACUGCUCAAGAUCCAUAUUUUCAGACACUUUCGCCUCCCACAACAACUAUUUUCACAGGCCACGAAGGAGAUAAGUCUGGUUCUCAUGAGUAUUUAUCACUUUCAUGGUGUAGAAGCCUUGUCAAACUGUCUGCAGGCUCAAAAACUACCCAUGGAAAUACCCACAACUCAACUUUGGCUUUAUUAAAUGUGGGUGUGUAUGCCCCAGUAGCUUUGAAAAUAAGGGCCUAGGAUGUUUUCUGGUGUUGGCCUGUGAAUAGGAAGUUUGGUGAGGGAGGCUUUGAGGAGAAUGGAUAGAGUGGAGUCUUGAGCAGUGGAGGAGGAAGUGUUCUGGUGUGUCAGGCUGUGUGUGACCAAGCCUGAGUGGUUGAUGGCAGUGUCUGAUUUCAUUAUGUUAAAUUUACAUAUAAUGUAUGUACCAGUCUUGGUGAUAUAGGGACAAGGAAGACUUGAUUUACCACUCAUUGGCUGUUCUCAGUUAUCAUUACUAAAUUUAUGUGUUGUGUGUUUACCUAUUGGUGAUAUAUGGAAAAGAAAGACUUGAUUUACAACUCAUUGGCUGUUAUCAAUCAAGAUCAUUUGGACUUGUGGGGCAUAAGACCACAUAUACAUCCCCAUACACAGUUCAUACCAUUUCAUUGGGUAUAGGGAUAGGCCACUCAUACCAUCCUUCCUUAACGUACCAUACCAUAUAUCAUGCUCUAGGACAUGUGAAUUAAGUUGUACUGCACAUUAGUAAAGCUAGGGAAUGCAAACUUGUAUAUCUUUAAAAUACUCAUAUGGCUGUGUACACUAAACCAUUUAAAGAAUAGAAAUGCUGUGUUUUUGUUAGCCAGUGAAGGGAGAGAGAGAGUGAUGAUCCUGCCUUCCUUUUGGUUCUCAGAGCAGCCAGUCGUAGGGUUUCUUGUCGUACACGCUGUUUUGAUCGGCCGCUGAAGAGGUGGACGUCUGUGUGGUUAUACAUGUAUACUAAACAGGCCAGGAUGAUGCUUUUUUCAUCUGUUGUUCAUGUAGUAGGUAGUUUAGCCCUUGUUAUUUUCUCUUACCCUUUCCCUCUGUACCUCCCUCUCUCAUCUCCCCCCCUCCUCCCCCUCCCCCCAUUCUCCCUCCACCACAACCCUUGCCCCUCCUCCUCCCCCACCCCAACUGCCUCCACGGAAGAAACAGUGGAAGUGAGAAGAUAUGAAACGAGGAAAUAAAGUUAAAAGGCCCCUCAAAUAAGGAACAAGAAGCAGAGAAGAGCAAGACAAGAAGAAUUGGAUAACUAUAAGGGAAAUUUAAGGAAGCUAUUAUUUUUGUACUUAUCGUAUAUAUUUAAGUAACCUGAAACAUUGUACUUAAGAUGGAAGAGGAGAUGGUGGUUGAGGAGGAGGAGGAGGAAGAGGAAGAAGAAGAGAAGGAAAAUUUGGUCUCCAUCAGCAUCCUCACCCCAUGUCAUCUCCUCCUCCUCUUCCUUCACCUCCUCCUCCUCCUCCUCCUUCCCUUCACUCCCUUCCACAAACAGUAGAUUCCCUUUUCCAUCCUUUUCUCUUUCUUCACCCGGUGGAUAGAGCCCUUUCCCCAUCCCCUACCCCUCUCUUCCCUUCCCCUUCACCCUACUCACUCCCCUUCCUCUUCCCUUCCCUCCCUUCCAGGCGUCGCAUCUCUGACCUUUGAUGUGUAAAGUCUGAAUGUUGUCUUUUUGUUUACCGCCAUAUGUGUUGUGAUCCCCUCCCUCCCCUCUCCCUUCCCCUCUCUCUCACUCUUUUCCUCCUGCCCGUCUAUCCCCCACUUCCUCUCCCUCCAAUCCUGUCCCACUCACAUACAUACAAACUCCAAGUCAUUGGUUCCUUGGGAUGGCACUCAUUCACUCACUCCAUAACCACUACUGUUUUUACUUAUUCCCUAACACACACACACACACACACACACACCCAGGGCAGUCUUUUGCCAUCUCAUUAUCUCUUCCUUCCCUUAGCCAUCCCUUCCAUCCCCCAUUCUCUUCUUCCACCCUCCUCCUCCUACCUAUGCCCCCCCCUUGACCCCCCACCCCGACCCCAGACUGUGUGGUGACCCCUGGGCGCUGUGCCGGAAGCUCAGUAGGUUGGGUCUCCUGUUUACCUGGAAAGUAAGGAAGAAAAAAAUAUUAAAAAAACUUUAAAAAGUUAACAAAAACACCAGCUCCUCCUGGAUGUGUUUCUAAGUAACCCUGGGUGCUGGGGGGCCUGUCCCCAGCGUCCUGGCCCCCAGCACCACCAGGCACCCGCUUAGGCGCUCCCCUGGGUUCCCUGUGGAAGGCCUCAUAGCAGGAGAUACAGAUUUGUCAUCCUUUUCCCUCCCUCCCUCCCUGCCCCCCUCCUCCGGUAUGAGGCCAACGGUGUCCCCAGGCAGCGUCUCGGCAGCCCUGGAGCUCUCUAGCAUUCAUGUUCAGUCCUAAUAAACAAGGUGGUCAAAGCCAGGCCAUCAUUCCGCUUA